AUGGCGGCGCUGAGCGGGGACUCGGCCGCGGCCUCGGCCCCGGGCCCGGUCCCCGCCCCGGCUCCGGCUCCGACCCGACAGCUGGAGCCGACUCCGGCCCCGGCGUUGUACCAGGGCAGCGGCGACGGCUCCGGCGACUUGGAUGUCCCCACUCUGGUCCGCUUGAGGGACCAACUGAAGGAGCAGCUCAUAGAGCACAACACGGCUAUUCUUGCCGCAACAUUGUCUUUUGCAGGUCAGGAAAAUUUCCUUGAUCAUGAAAUUGAAGAAAACUUUAGCCAGAGUGCCACACAAAAUUUGAAAAGAGAUCUAGAAAAUGCAAAAGUCUCUUUGCAGAACAGGACGAUGGCCUUGCAAAGGACCCAAAUUGUGGAUGCUCUCAGAAACAAAUUGAAACAAGAUGAUGAGGACUCACGUCUGAUCCUGGAAACAAUGCAACGCAUACUAUUGCUCAGCUGGACAAUAAUUGACUAUCAGCAGCAAGUACAUCAGAAGGAACAGCAGCUGAUUGACAUUAAAACGGACAGACUCUCACUGACAAAAUAUGGAGGAGAGAAACUACAGCAAAUUCGUACCAUGAAGAAAAGACAAAAGAAGAAACAAGCAUAUGUGAAUGUAUGUGAAACAGAGAAGAUGCUUUAUAAAUUAGAAAAAGAAAGAUGGAUUACUACAAUAAUUCAACAUGUGUUCCAGAACAUCAUAAUUGGAAGCAGAAUUAACUGGGCAGAAGAUGAAUCUUUAAAGGCAAUUGUUCUACAGCUUGAAAAAAAUGUAGUGAGUCUGUGAGUCAGGAGAUGUGGUGUUUAUUUUAUACAUUGUGUGCAUUUUAACUAAAUUUGAUAAAUUUUAAUUUUUUAAUUUAAAUUUAAUUUUUGAUCUUAAAUUUUAAAAUUUGACUUUUGUGGAAGAUGUUGUUCUCUCCAGAGAAAUAGACUGUGUCAAAGGGGGUGGUAGAGCUGAUGAAAUGAAACUACCUGAAGAUUCGUUUCUCAGGCUGUCCUGUCUAAGCACUUCUUUUCCUCUGAGAGGCAGCAAGAACACAAGAAAAGUUUCAAGGUUUCAUGUAGAAGUGGACUUAAACUGAGGAUUUGCUGUACCCCUUCCCUGGGGACCAGCAGCCAUAGAGCUCAAGCAGGGUGCACAACCCUGCUCAGUCCCAGUCAAAUGCUCAGUCAGGAAAAUUUAUGGGCAAGUCUGGAGUUGGGACUAUUUUUGGUUUUAAGGCAUUAUGUAUAAUUUUAAACACCAAAAAUUUUUCCUCCUGUUCGCACUGAGUCUUGUCUGCAGAGGUGACUUCAUACUGUUGACUGUGCAGCUAAGCAAUGUUUGAAUUGCAUGUCUUCACUAGAAUUUGCGCUUUUUAAACUUGGUGUUCUUUGUUUGAUGUUUGAAGGAAAUUGACUCUUGGGGCAUAGCACAGUUUAGGAAUGUGUAGUGUCCCUUAUUAUCUUGGUCUGUAGCUUCACUUUUAACUUGGUGAGUGAUCGCCAGCUAUUUUUUGUAGGUGGAUGCCUUUAUCUAAUAAUAAAACACUGAUUUUACUGAAAA